ACGGGACUCUGCUGUGCCGAGAGUCAAUUGUCAGGGCUUUCGCCUGACCCAGUCUCGACUACCGAUGGACAACAUUUACCACCAGGAUCACCAGGUGCGAGUCGUUACUUCAACGGUGGAUGAGAUGACCCAGUUCAUCCGAGGCAUCUAUUACCGUGCCGUUCCGUUUAUCUGCGUGACAGUGACUGUAUGGCUUCUUCUCUCGGCAUUAGGUAUCGAACUGUACAGCCACUUACUCGUGCCCUUCUACGUGCCACUAAUCUUGGCUUUCCUGACGCUCAUGGUGCUGCACUGCAUCCCCCAGACCGCUAUGUGUUUCCCCUGCAAUUGGAUCUUGGCAUGCUUCGUAGUAGUUAUGGUCACGUUGGGUGGUGCCCAAACCGCUACUGGCCUAGGGACUUUGACCUUGUUUCUGGCUGUCCUCGGGGUGACUGCCCUUGUCCUCAUUCUUAACUUUUCAGGAGCGAUGUGCCCGCAGGAGUUUCUCCCCGGCGGUGUGUUCUCAACGCUAUUGAUGAUCGUCCUGCUGAUAGCUCUGGUCGCGGUGGGCAUUGCACAGCUGUGCACCGGCAGCCAAAAGGUCCUGGACGCCUUCGUUAGCAUUCUAUUCGUGAUGCUGAUCAUCGCGAUCCCCAUCCAGGCGCAGUUCAAUCAUGGCCGGCUGGACGCCAUCGAGGUGGUGCCGGAGCAACACCUCAUUGUCUGCGCCCUGACCGUCUACCUGCACAGCGUAAUGUUCUUUAGCUGCGUAUGUUACUUCAUCAAGUUGGACGAAAAGAAGUCCGCCACGGCCCCUACUACCACUCCGGACUACUAA